AGCCUCGCGGCCCAAACAUCGCAUCAAGUUUUCCUCCCAGCCAUGGCGGAACCAGAGGCGAAACGACAGAAGACAGAGGAAACCAAAGAAGAAGCUCCGCCCGAGCUGGAGAAAGAUGCGAAGCCCAGCAGCUCAAAACCCUUGAGGCCGGAUGUGACCUUUGAGACGUCUGAGUGCACCUUGAACGUGAUACCGUCUUUGGGAGGGCGGGUGCUCAUGCCACUUACUGAUGGUGGCAUGCAAUACCUGAUUGGAGGUGCACGGGCAAACCUGGGGAUCAAGAAGGGCAGAUACCUUUUCGAAGUCAAAGUGGUCGAGGCCCACAAUCCCUCGGAAGGCGCCCAGAGGAGCUUUCGCUCGACAGUCUCCAGGAAUUUGGUUCGCGUAGGCUUCUCCACACAGGGCACAUCGCUUCUUUUGGGAGAGGGAGGCGACUCCGUGUACUUCGACAACGAUGGGUUCUAUGUGGCAGAUCAGAAGCGUGAGAGUACUUCACAAAGAUUUUCUCGAGAUAAUGUGGUGGCGAUACUGCUGAAUCUCGAUGCCGCAAGCCCGAACGCCAACACUGUGAGUCUGUUCCGGGAUGGUGUGCGAGUUGCACAGCCGCAGAAGCUGCCAGAGAAGUUGUUGGGCAAGCCGCUCUUCCCUCAUGUGAGCUUUAAGAACAUCACCCUGCAUGUCAACUUUGGGCCUCCUUCGGUGCCUUUGCCAUUCACGUGCCUUUCUGUAGCAGAAGUGCCCACAGCAGAUGGCGUAGAGGCUCCGGCACCGACCAAGGAUGGAAAGUAUGAGGUUAUCUUCCCUGUGGCCGUGCCUGAUGAGGGCACUUUCGACUGGUUGGAUGACUUCUUGGACAAGAACCCCAAGUACGUGGAGCUGUCCGACCGUGCCAUUAUCAAGUGGGCGGAGAAGAGCGGGAUCAGCCACACAGAGCAAAGCACGUGGAAACAUUGCAACGACAAACCAGACCCACAGUUCCGCGUUCCACUCCUGGACGACUUCAGCGCACGGCGUGUGAUCCAGGCGGUGGCACCAACUCAGCCGCGGCAUUACAUAGUUAUGGAAGUGAAAUCAAAUCUGGUCAAGGAGGAGCGAAGCCAGCUUCUCAAAAGAUUCAGCGAGAACUAUUUCAAGACGGUUGCUGAGGUGGUCAUGGGGGAACCGCCGGCUGACUUUAAGGAGAAGGUGCACAAGGCCCUGCUCACAGAGAAGCAAGAGAAGGCCACUCAGGAUUGGAAGAGGCGGAAGAUGGAAAAGGAGCAGGAACGCCUUCAGCGCAAGCGCCAGCGAGAACUGGAAGAGGCCAAGAAAAGAGCUGAGGAGGAGGCCAAGAGGAAGCUGGAGGAGUUGGAGAGGCAAGCCGCGGAGGCUGCUGCUGAGGCAGAGAGGGCUGCACAGGCAGCUGAAAAAGCCGAAGAGGAAAAGAAGGAAGGAGAAAAAACGGAAGGAGAGAAAGGCGAAGGAGAAAGUCAGGCAGAGACGAAGGGCAAUGACGUACAGGAGGCAAAGACAGAGGUCAAAGAAGAGAAAGAGGUGAAAGACGAGCCGAAGACUGAGGUGAAGGAUGAACCCAUGCCAGAGGUAAAGCAGGAAGUGAAGGAGGAGGAACCUGAAGAACUUGAUGAACCCUGCCCACAGGUUGUGCUCACAGAAGAGGACAAGGCCGCCUGGUUCCGCAAGAAAGCGACACCGGAUCUCACUAGCUGGACUUUGGGUAGUUGCUUCGCGAAGUUCAGCAUUCCUGAUAAGGAUGAGGGCUUCAGUGAGAUUCGGUACGGAUGGUCAGCAAAGAAUGAGAAAGCAAACGAGUACUUGGCGAACUAUAUCCGCAAGAGCAAGAUCUCAAAUCGCAUUGAAGACUUGAUGCCAGGAGAUUGGUUCAAGAGCAAACUUGCAGAAUGGCAGAAGACUUUGGAAGAUUUGAAGAACAAGCAGAAAGAGUUUCAAUUGCGACCUCCACAACCACCACAAGAGAAUGUGCCGGUGAUGCCUGAGGCACAAGCGGCUCAAGUGGAAGGUGGCGAGGCACCGCAAGAUGGACAGACCCAAGCAGGACAAGAAGGACAGACCCAAGAAGGACAGACCGAAGGAGAGGCACCAAAAGAGCCAAAUAGCGAAGAGCCGCUGAAGGCUGACAUCAAGCCGCCGUCACCUGCGGAGGUCGAUGUCAUGGCUGUGGAUGAUGUGUGCAAUGUUAAUGGCUCGCCUCUUUUCGCACAAUUCGCCUUUGAGGACUGGGUUCUUCUGAACUUGCGCGCUGAGCUGCACUUGAUGGCCAAUGCGUUUGCCAAAGAUGCUGCAGAUCCUGAACGAGUUGGCAUUCACGACCAACAUUUGGCGUUCUACUACCAGAAGUAUUUCAAGAAGCAGCUUGUCCCAAAGCACUUCAGCACAGAAACCACCGCAGAACUCGUUGAGAAGUUGCUGAAGGACACAUUGUCAUACGAUUCUGAUUUGGUGCUUGUUGCGAAGCAUGGAGAGGAGCUGUCUGACUUCGGCCUUCUUGUCAAGCUAACCGAGGCGGCCAGAAGAGAACGGCAAGCAAAGAUCGACUCAGGCGAUGAAACAGUGAAGCUGCGCUUCGAGCAGCAGACAAUGCCACCACCACCUCCACAGCAGGUGCUUGGAGGUUACAAGGGCGACUUCAAAGGAGGCUACAAGGGCGACAAGGGUGGAUACGACAAAGGCUACAACAAAGGCUUCAACAAAGGCUUUGGCAAGGAUGGAAAGAAAGGCUUUGACAAAGGCAAAAAGGGCGACAAAGGCUUCGGCAAGAAUAAGGGCUUCAAAGGCUACUGAGAGCUCGGAAGUUUUGCGUCGACAUGGUAACAAACAAUGCAGAUAAGUGCAAAAAUUGCAGG